AUGGCAACAUCUGAGUGCAGUGAAAAGUGGAGCAAUGUAAAUACAUGUAUUUUUAUUGACUUGUACAAGGAAAGACCGUACCUUUGGAACCCAAAACAUUUACAAUAUAAAAAUAAGUUGAUUAGAUUUGAUGGUUUGACCGAAAUUGGAAAUAUUAUGAAAAUAUCAGUCGAGGAAUGCGAAAAGAAAAUUAAAAAUCUUCUUAGUCAAUAUGCCAGAGAGAAAAAAAAAAAUCAAGAAAACAAAAAGUCCGGCGCAGGUGCUAGUACUGCUAAAAACAUUUGGUUUGCAUAUGAACAAAUGCAUUUUCUUCAGGAUAGGAAUAAACCAAUGCACACAAGGGAUACAGGAGAAGAAGAGACCACGAGUGCAGUAUUAGUAAGUAUAUUUUAA